CACACACCACCCUUCCUGGAAACCAUUUCAAUUCCGGUUGAGUGACUACUGGGUGCUCGGAAGAGAUGAGGGUGUCGAUCAUUGCGCGUCAGGCCCUUGUGCAGGCCUCGCUUCUCUCAAUUGCCUCCGCUAUCCCCGCGCCGACGGCUUUCUCCAGCACCGACAACAAUGUCGCCCCGCCCGACCCCGUCAUUACCCCUUCCCCUGUCGAGCGGCGCCCUUCCCCAGUCGUACCAGUCGCCGGCCGAGGCAUUCUGAGUGAUGUUGACUCGGAUAUCCACAGCGUCCUGUCGGGACUGGGCUCCGAUGUCCCCUCGUGGGUGGCAUCGGGAGUCCCCAACUUCUUCCAGGGCUUCCCGACGGGCGACGCCGUGGUGAGCUCGCUAGGCCUGAACAGCGCCCAGCUGGCCGCAUUGCCGACCAAUGUCCUGAACAUCGACCCUUACGCCAACUGGACCAGCUCGGGCUGGAACGUGCGCUUCCACGGAAACGUGUACAAGCAGCCCAACACCUCCGUCUCCGAUCUGAACAAACUAGCCGACCUCUUCCUCGGCAACACGAGCAUCAAGGACCUGCCCGAGUCGCAGCAGGUGCAAGCACGCAAUCUGACCGCCGAAAUCCUGGUUGUGCAGCAGCCGCACGUUGCCGUGAACACCAUUCACCUGGAGCCGGCCCCGAGCCAGGGCGCCAGCGGACAGCCCGGCGGCGGCGGAUCCUCGGAGGCGACCGGCGGGACACAGAACGUAACUUUGCCCUACAACACGACCGUCGAGGGCGAUUUCGAUGUCUUCAUGCCGAUCGACAGUAAUGGCCUGACCGCGGGCAACGAGACCUCGGCGAUCCAGAGACUCAACACCUACGUGGAGGGGGCAUCGAUCGGGAACAGUACCGCCUACCUGGUGCCGCCGAAGGGGCUCACCAUCGUCUCUGACAUCGACGACAUCCUGCGGGUCACGAAGAUCUACGAGCCGGAGCAAGGGCUGCUCAACUCCUUCGCGCGCCCGUUCACGCCGUGGGAGAACAUGCCCGAUAUCUACCGCAACUGGUCCGUCAGCAUCCCGGACAUGCACUUCCACUACCUUACCACGACCCCUGAGCAAGUAACCCGAAACUACAUGCAAUUCAUCUACACGCACUACCCCGGCGGUUCCUUCGACACCCGUCCCCUGAACUUCAGCGACGUGUCCGCAACGCUCUCAAUUCGCAAGUUCCUACUCAAAAGGGUCUUCGAGACGUUCCCCGAGCGCAAAUUCAUUUUGAUCGCCGACACGAGCAACAGCGACGUGAUGCGCGACUACCCGGAGAUGGUGACGGAUUUCCCCGGUCAGGUGCAGUGCAUCUGGCUGCGCAACACGUCGGCCACGGACUCGGGCGACCGGUUCCCCUACGACACGUCGGGCUUCAAGCACCUGAACCAGUCGCAGUACAUGUUCUUUUUGCACGCCGACGACCUGACCAACCUAGACGUCGCCAACGGGCAGUGCUACAACCAGUCCAUCGCCCAGAACUUGACUUUCGGCUACCAGGGUCUGCCGCUGGGGCUGGGCGAUGACCCGACCUCUAUUAAUGGGUCGGCGAACGGCACCAAGGAGAAUGCGGCCAGCGGAUUCUCGGCUGGGGACGGUGCUGGGGCGCGGGGGGUGAUGGCGUUGGUUGCUGCGAUGGGGACGGCUGCGUUCAUGUUUUUGUAGAGCAUGAGUUUCGUAUGGAUAUGGGUUUAUGAUCUUGUAUGUACUGUACUGCAUCUAGAGGAUACAGGUAAUGAAUUUGGUUAAAUACUGCUU